AUGGAGAAAAAGAAUGAAGGAGUAACAUUUGAAAAAGGCAAUAUGCAGAAACCAACACAAAUACAAAAGUGGCUAAGGAAGCACAAGUUGCAAUAUACUGCAGCCACCAAACACCCUUUUGUUUAUAGCAUCCAUGAUGGUUCUGUCGAUUUCUCUUCUUUCAAGAAAUGGCUGGAAAGGGAAUAUGUGUUCGUGAAAACGGCGUUGGCAGCAUUUGCAGCUAGUGUUUUGCUUAAAGCAUGGAAAGAGUCGACUAAUAGCUCUGAUGUUGAAGUAAUGUUGGCUGGUUUGGGCUAUUUAAAUGAUGAGAUUUGUUGGUUAAAAAAAGAAGCUCCCAAGUGGCACAUUUCCUUGACCAGUCUUGUUGUUGAUCACAAGCCCGUCCUUGAUUACUUUAGGUAUUUACUACUACUAAUAAUCUUGCAGCAAUAA